ACAAAUAUAUGUACGCAGAGACCAGAUCUUGCACCAUUUCUUCCUUGCUGUGCAGCUCAUCUUGUGUUCGUGAUGCCUGAGCCGGCCAAGUCCGCUCCCGCGCCCAAGAAGGGCUCCAAGAAGGCGGUGACCAAGGCGCAGAAGAAGGACGGCAAGAAGCGCAAGCGCAGCCGCAAGGAGAGCUACUCGGUGUACGUGUACAAGGUGCUGAAGCAGGUGCACCCCGACACGGGCAUCUCGUCCAAGGCCAUGGGCAUCAUGAACUCGUUCGUCAACGACAUCUUCGAGCGCAUCGCGGGCGAGGCGUCCCGCCUGGCGCACUACAACAAGCGCUCGACCAUCACGUCGCGGGAGAUCCAGACGGCCGUGCGCCUGCUGCUGCCCGGGGAGCUGGCCAAGCACGCCGUGUCCGAGGGCACCAAGGCCGUCACCAAGUACACCAGCUCCAAGUGAGCGCGCUCCUAUUUCCAGCUUAGACAACCCCAAAGGCUCUUUUCAGAGCC